AUGGUAAUAACGAGUACUGCAGGGCUGGAACCACUGAAUAUGAUUAUAUUAUCUGCGGUGGUGGUACUGCUGGCUCCGUGGUUGCUGCAAGACUGGCCGAGUCUCGCGAUAUAUCCGUGCUCCUCAUCGAAGCAGGUCAACACAACUCUCUCCUGGAGAAUUCGCACAUGGUUGGGGGGUUUUCCAAACUCUUUGACACUGACACUGACUGGAAAUAUCGUCAGGGAGCCUAACCCCGGUCUUGGUGGUCGUCAAGUAAAGGCUACCAGAGGCAAAUUCCUGGGUGGAUCGGGCGGGUGCAAUGGGACUUUGUCCAUCCGGGGGACAAAGCAAGAUUACGAUGAUUGGGAACUUCCCGGGUGGAGUGGAGAUGAUGUUUGGAGGUGUAUUGAAAAGGCAGAGAAUUACCAUCCCAGCGACUGGAUGAAGCACAGCCCAAAGGCCCACGGGACUUCAGGCCCUCUAGACACAGGGCCGUAUCCCCUGGCCCCAAUAUCAAACAUGGUAAUGGAUUCGUUCGUUUCCAAGGGCAUCCUGCUGGACCCAGACAUGUUCAGCACGGGCGAUAACCCCCAUGGUUGUGGACACAUUGUAAGAACGACAUACCAAGGGCUGAGGGUCACUGCGGCGAACUAUCUACUAGCCGCAGGGGACAACCUGACAUUGAAAACGGAAACCUUAGUUGACAACGUAGUUUUCGACAGGAACAUUAGCGGUGAGGUUCAGGCUACAGGUUUGAAAGUGAUAGAAAGCGAUGGAAAAAUGCACAAAUUGACCGCCAGAAGAGAGGUAAUUAUUUCUGGAGGGGCUUACUGCUCCCCCGCGAUACUCCUGCGCUCCGGCGUGGGCCCCAAGGCAGAACUUGAAAAGUUGGGGGUAGAAGUGAUUAUUGAUUCGCCCGGCGUCGGGAAGAAUCUCAUGGACCACCUCAUCGUCUUGAUAUUCUAUGAGGUAAACAAGCCAGGGCUGACCCUCGACAACCAAUUAUAUCCUCCGGGCGCCCUCGAGACAUCGUACAAACUCUGGAAAGAGCAUAAAAAGGGACCACUAUCUUCAUUUCCAUUCGGCGCCUGUGCUUACACUCACCUCGACGAACGACUCUCUGACUCUGCGUUGUGGAAGUCCGCCCCCGCGUCUGCCUGGGCGGGACCCCAUAGGGCUCACAUCAAAACAGCCAAACAUCGAGCUCUUCACCACAGAGUGUUACGGCGGUCCAAAACACUCGUUUGCGGAUUUCCCACAUGA